GCGAUUCAAACCCUGGUUACGAAACAGUGAUCAUGAUCCAGCCGAGGAAUGGAGGAGGUGGUCUGGCCCAAGAUCUCCGAGUCCAAGCCAAGACCUUGACAACAUGGUACAACCAGUGCAAAGGAGUCCCUCCUCCCCUAUUUGCCGGCUGCACUGCCCAUAUGGAGUAACUCUCUCUCUCUCUCUCUCUCUCUCUCUCAUACACACACGAUGAAGGGUCCUCAUUAGAUACUGAUUUGCUUUGCUUGCUGUCUCAAUCCUUUUCGUACCCACUCAUCCAUGGAACCAUGGUGGUGUUGUGCAUGCUAUAGAAGCAGCAGCACCACCACCACCACCAGUCCCCAACCAUAACAUUCGCUCUCCCACCAACCUUUUCCUCUUCCUCCCUCCUCCUUUCCUGCUCCAUAACUGGCCUUGCAUGCCUCCUCCAGCCACACUUGGUCGCUGUCCACAUCCUGUCCCCACUGAUCUCCUUUAUAUUCUUCCCCUGCUCUUCGCUCGUCUUAAAGGAAGCAGCUUGCGGACCUGUUCGUCUCCGUCUCUCCCUUCUUCUAAUUCGAUUUCUUUGGUGUCGUUCGAUCCUUUCUGGACCCUGUCGGUGGGGUUUGCGGAGCUUCCGUGUCGAGUUCUUGGUGGAAGAGCCGUGAUCAUGGGCCCGGUGAGAGGGCUCAAGAAGAGGAAGAGGGCAGAGAAGAACGCCGCGGCCAGGGUCACGGCUGCGGCGCCGGGAAGUGGUGACUGGUGGGACGACUUCUCGAGAAGGAUUACAGGACACUUAUCCAAAGAACCGAGAAAGUUUGAAUCGAUCUUCAAGAUAUCAAGGAAGACUUUCAACUACAUAUGCUCAUUGGUCAGGGAUGACUUGAUGGCGAGAACAUCAAAUUUUGCUUUCACAGAUGGCAAAAUCCUCUCCCUAGAAGAUCAAGUAGCUAUUGCUUUGAGAAGAUUAGGCUCUGGCGAAUCGCUAUUGAAUAUUGGAGUGUCAUUUGGGAUGAACCACUCAACUGUUUCUCAGGUAACUUGGCGGUUUGUGGAAGCUAUGGAAGAGAGAGGUAUCUACCAUCUGAAAUGGCCAACGUCUCCGGAGAUGGAAGAUAUUAAGUCCAAGUUUGAAGAGAUUCAAGGUUUGCCAAACUGUUGCGGUGCCAUUGACACCACUCAUAUCAUGAUGUGCCUGCCUUCGGUGGAUGCUUCUAACAAGGUGUGGGUUGAUUAUGAGAAGAAACACAGCAUGGUAUUGCAAGCUGUUGUUGACCCCGAUUUGAGAUUCCGAGACAUAAUCACAGGUUGGCCUGGGAGCAUGAACGAAGUACCAGUGUUACAAAGCUCAGGCUUCUUCAAAAUGUGCGAGAAAGGUACGAGGCUGAACGGAGAGAAAGUGGAGCUUCCUGAAAAAUUAGAAGUGAGAGAGUACGUAAUUGGUGAUUCAGGCUUCCCACUUCUUCCAUGGCUUCUCACUCCUUACCAAGGGAAGGACCUCGCAGAUGGCAAAAUCGAGUUCAACAAAAGACUUUCUGCAACAAGGAUGGUGGCCCAGAGGGCACUGGCAAGGCUGAAAGGAAUGUGGAAGAUCAUUCAGGGUGAAAUGUGGAGGCCUGACAAGCAUAGACUGCCAAGAAUAAUUUACGUUUGCUGCUUGCUGCACAACAUAGCAAUCGACUUGGAAGAUGAAGUCAGAGAUGUGAUGCCCUCGUCGUCCGACGAACAUGACACGAGUUACAAGCAACAAUUCUGUGACAUAACAGAUGACAAUGGAAGCAUACUACGAGAUAAGUUGUCUCGCUACCUGUCUGGUAGAUUGCCACCCUGAAAUGGUUUGGGAACUGCUUUCUUCCUGUAUUCCUGGAUGCCGAAAGAUGGGUAUCGAGAGACAUCGAAUUAGGUUCAAUUUUUCUAUCGUCAGAUUUGAUGGCCAAGAGGUGGUUUAUUUCUGCAAUUGCAUGCAUUGAAUGCCUCUUCCAACACAAAACUCCUGGGGUGAGCUAGAGUUACAUUCUCAAUGUGUCGAAACAACAUCAUGCAAAACUGCACUAGAUUUUGUAAAAGUAGAUGCCGAGAAUAAGAUCAAUUGGCAAUUGACAAUUGACAAUUGGCAGGAGCAGCAGUUGUCUAUUUAUAAAAGGAACAAAUAGCUCGUUAAUUGUUCUCUUUUUUUUUUAUAUAUAUGGAUCAUUUAUAUUUGCUAA